UGGUGGUUCUUCGGUCGAGUUGGCUUAACCGGGAGGUCCGGGACCUAGAAGAGUGCUCUAGAGCGAGCGGAUCAACGCUAUCGAUCGAACGGAGGCAGGCUAGACGAGGAGAACAUAAAAUGGCCGGUGGCGACAGCAGCACAGGAAGCGGAGGCGGCUUCAGAUCCCGCCUUGAGCACUUCUUGUAUAGCGGUGAUAAGAAGCACGUGUUCGCAGGCAUCGCUAUCAUAUCGGUCGUCUUCGGCGCUCCUUGGUUCUUUAUGAAUCGAGGUUCAAAGCAUCAAUCUCACCAAGAUUACAUGGAAAAAGCUGAUAAAGCACGGAGCCAAAGGCUUUCUUCUGGUCAACCGUCUGUAAAACAAGCCAACUGAUCUUAGACAAGCAAGCUUUAGUGACUGGCUGCUAAGUUCAGUUUCCUGCUCAAACCAGACUCUUGUGUUGAUAUUUUUUGGAUUUUCCUAUUCACAGGGGACUAUACUCUCCUUCUGCUUUAGUUUUAUUUAAAUUCAGUGCCCAGUUCAUGUGAUAAAUAAGCUAAGCAAUGCCAAUCUAUUUGAAAUCUUGAACGCAGAAAUGUAGUUGUUAAGAUGUAGAGAAACGUUUAUUCAAUUGAGGUUCUUUGAAGUUGGGGUAUAUUCUUGUCCAACAACAACAACAA